CGCGGGUGUGCGCGCGGAGCCGUGUCGGUGCCCCCGCUGCCGUUGCCUGCAAUGGCGUUGAGGCGCCGCGGCGGCGGCUGCUGCUGCUGCUGCUGCCGCCUCCUGUCAGGCGGGCGGCGGCAGCGGCCGUUCUCCACAGAGGCGCCGAGCCGCCGCGGGCCGGAGGAGGAGCGGGGGCAGCGCUGAGGCGGGAGGCUGGAGCAGCCCGCCGCGGCUCUCGGCUGGGUUAAAUCAGCAGUUGUUCUCGAGGGUCCUCAGUUGCGCUGCUUUGGUAGAAUUGACUGUGUGUGUUUAGAUACUUGCCUCCAGAUCUUCUGUCGAGUAUGGCCCUGCUGAAGGGCAGUGCCCCCUGAGAAACACUCCUCAAGCAGACUCUCAGCUGUGACAGACUACUGAGGGCGGUACUGCAGAAACUAUGUAAACUGGUUUUGCACUUCUGGAGUAAAGAUGAUGAAAACGGAGUCUUCAGGAGAAAGAUCAACCCUCCGAAGUGCCUCUCCUCACAGGAAUGCUUACAGGACUGAGUUCCAGGCACUGAAAAGCACCUUUGACAAACCGAAAUCAGAUGAAGACCAAAAAGCAAAAGAGGAAGGAGAGGCCUUGCAAAGCAGGGGAAGGAAAUAUGGCUCAAAUGUCAAUAGGAUUAAGAACUUAUUUAUGCAGAUGGGCAUGGAGCCCACUGAAAGUGCUGGAGUUACCCCUAAAAACAGGGGGAAGGGUGGCCCUCCAUCACCUCAAAGACGAAUUAGGCCCAAAGAAUUUGUAGAAAAAGCGGAUGGUUCAAUUGUAAAAUUGGAAUCAUCUGUCUCAGAAAGGAUUAGUAGGUUUGAUACUAUCCAUGAUGGUCCUUCCUAUUCCAAGUUUACUGAAACUCGGAAGAUGUUUGAGCGAAAUGCUCAUGAAACGGGACAUUCCAAUCGCUAUUCCCCAAAGAAAGAGAAAGUUGUUUCCAGUGAGCUUCCAGAUGAGUGGUGCAGCUCUAAGUCUCACAGAGGCAGCACUGAUUCACUGGACAGUCUUAGCCCAAGGACUGAGACUGUCUCUCCAACUGUGAGUCAGCUCAGUGCAGUUUUUGAAAACACUGACUCACACAACGUAAUCGUUGUAGAAAAGUCAGAAAACAACGAAGAGUACUCUGUAACGGGUCACUAUCCGCUGAACCUCUCGUCUACUGUUGCCAAUAUCUCUUCCCCGGUUUCAAACCUUGAGGGCUUCAGUCCUUUGAAAGAUGCCAGCACGUGGUCUCCCCCAGCCAAACAGAGUACAGGCGUGAUGUCUGUUGAGAACUCUCAGCAGAGUAGCGUGCCUUCAGCACCAAGACAGAAGACGUCCACAGGCACUUCAGCAGGCUCAAAAACUACUGAAGAAAUAAAGAAGACUUCAGAGACAUGUGCAGAUUCUGUUGAGAGCUCUGCAGCGAGUCAGCGGGAUUUGGUCAACGCGCUUGACAGUGAAAGAUCUGCGGACAGCUGUCCUAGGAGUAAGUCAAAAACAGAGACAGAAGUUUUGUUGCAACAAAAGGAACAGUCGGAACAUGCAGAGGGUAUCUUUGAUAGACCCGAAGCUGCAGAGUUACCAAGAAAUGUAGCUUCAAGUGGUGAUUUUGCCACAGAUGCUGUUUCAGAUGCUACUGAAUCCCAUUAUGAUGAGGCAAGUGAAAAAGAAGUGCGUGAAGAUGUGAAUAAUUUUCAGAGUUCCCAUGUGUACAUGCACUCUGACUACAAUGUGUAUCGGGUACGAUCGAGAUAUAAUUCUGACUGGGGAGAGACAGGUACGGAACAGGAUGAUCAGGAUGACAGUGAUGAGAAUAACUGUUACGAACCUGAUAUGGAAUAUUCUGAAAUUAAUGGAUUGCCAGAUGAAGAUGAAAUCCCAGCCAACAGAAAAAUACAGUUUAGCCGUGCUCCAAUCAAGGUUUUCAAUACAUACUCUAAUGAAGACUAUGACAGGAGAAAUGAUGAAGUUGACCCAGUGGCUGCAUCUGCUGAAUAUGAACUCGAGAAGCGUGUGGAAAAGCUGGAGCUCUUCCCAGUUGAACUAGAAAAAGAUGAAGAUGGACUUGGCAUAAGCAUUAUUGGAAUGGGAGUCGGAGCAGAUGCAGGCCUUGAAAAACUGGGAAUAUUUGUCAAAACAGUAACAGAAGGUGGGGCAGCAGAAAGAGAUGGCAGGAUCCAAGUGAAUGACCAAAUUGUGGAAGUUGAUGGCAUCAGUCUGGUUGGUGUUACGCAAAAUUUUGCUGCAACUGUUCUUAGAAACACCAAAGGGAAAGUCAGGUUUGUAAUUGGACGAGAAAAACCAGGACAAGUGAGUGAGGUUGCGCAGCUGAUUAGCCAAACUCUAGAACAAGAACGCCGCCAGAGAGAGCUGCUGGAGCAGCAUUAUGCACAGUACGAUGCAGAUGAUGAUGAGACAGGAGAAUAUGCUACAGAUGAAGAAGACGAAGACAUGGGACCUGUCCUUCCAGGAGGUGACAUGGCUAUUGAAGUGUUUGAUCUCCCUGAAAAUGAUGACAUGUUCUCCCCCAGCGACGUGGACACCAGCAAGCUUGCUCACAAAUUCAAAGAGUUGCAAAUCAAACAUGCAGUUACAGAAGCUGAAAUUCAGAAGCUGAAGACAAAGCUGCAGGCUGCUGAGAAUGAGAAGGUGAGGUGGGAAUUGGAGAAGACCCAACUCCAGCAGAACAUUGAGGAGAAUAAGGAAAGGAUGAUGAAAUUAGAGAGUUACUGGAUUGAGGCACAAACCCUGUGUCACACGGUGAAUGAGCACCUCAAGGAGACGCAAAGCCAGUAUCAGGCUCUGGAGAAGAAAUAUAACAAGGCAAAGAAAUUAAUCAAGGAUUUUCAGCAAAAAGAACUUGACUUCAUCAAACGCCAGGAAGCCGAACGAAAGAAAAUAGAAGAUUUGGAGAAAGCACACCUUGUAGAGGUUCAAGGCUUACAAGCUCGUAUACGAGACUUGGAAGCAGAAGUUUUCAGGCUAAUGAAGCAAAAUGGGAGCCAGGUUAACAAUAACAACAACAUUUUUGAAAGGCAGACAUCUUUUGGAGAAGUUUCUAGAGGAGAUCCAGUGGAAAAUCUAGAUUCUAAGCAAGUGUCCUGCCUGGAUGGCUUAAGUCAAGAUUUCAAUGAAGCAGUGCCAGAAACAGAGAGACUGGACUCGAAAGCUCUGAAGACUCGAGCUCAGCUUUCAGUGAAGAACAAGCGGCAGAGGCCUUCUAGAACAAGGCUGUAUGAUAGCAUCAGUUCAACUGAUGGAGAGGACAGCCUUGAACGAAAGCCGUCAAACAGUUACAGUAGUCCCAUGCACAUUUCAAAAUCACCACUGCCCUUAUGCAUGAGAGCAUCCUCACCAGCAUCAGAUUCUGGUGCUUCCUCCCUCUCCCCCGUGGCUAGCAGUGCAGCAAUCUCACUUGACAACCUAACUGCAAACCAAGAAGAAGGACAGCACCACAAAGGAGGUGUCCUUUCCCCACAUGCUCGGGGAGACACUCCACUUUCCUCUCCUUCAAAAUCCGGGCACAGCUCUGAAGCAUCUCCUUUGCGUCACCCAGCUGGCAGGAAAAUUUUACAGAAUAAAGAUGGUGCCACAGGUGCUCAGGCAACAAGAACAGCUAGCCCUACUGUAGGGCAUACAGAAAAACUAAAGCGAAAACUUGCAGAUCUUGGGGCUCCCCUGAGAAGGAGUUCAAACAAGGGCAAGAAGCGGAAGGAGAAAGAAGCUAUUAGGGUGACCUAUGGCAGUAGGACUGCCAGAGAGAUGCUGCAGAAAUCAGCAAACACUAAAUCUUUAUCAGAGAGAUCCUCCUCUCUCCCACACUGUGUACCAUUCUCAUGGUAUGGAGAGAGUGGCAAGGGAUCCAAUUCUUCUAGCAACCUGCCAUCGCCUACCAGCUCAACUGAACCUUCCUCUGAAAAUAUAAGUCCAGCUAAAAAAGGGUCAAAGAAUUUCACAUUCAACGAUGAUUUCAGUCCCAGCAGCACAAGUUCAGCUGAUUUGAGUGGUUUAGGAGCAGAACCUAAAACCCCAGGUUUCUCGCACUCCUUAGCACUGUCAUCAGAUGAGAGCCUGGAUAUGAUUGAUGAUGAGAUCCUUGAUGAUGGACAGUCUCCUAAGCACAGUCAGUAUCAGAGUCGUGCUGUUCAGGACUGGAGCGUGCAGCAGGUUUCCCACUGGUUAAUGAGCCUGAACCUUGAACAGUAUGUUUCUGAAUUCAGUGCCCAAAACAUUAACGGGGAGCAUCUCCUUCAGCUGGAUGGGAGUAAGCUCAAGGCUCUUGGUAUGACAUCUUCCCAGGACAGAGCAAUCGUUAAAAAAAAGCUAAAGGAAAUGAAAGCAUCCUUGGAGAAAGCUCGCAAAGCUCAAGAGAAAAUGGAAAAGCAAAGGGAAAAGCUUCGGAAGAAGGAACAAGAGCAACUGCAGAGAAAAUCGAAGAAAACAGACAAGUCUUCAUCAGAUGCAACAGAGGGCACUAAUGAGCAGUGAUAAGCAGAAGUGCUGCUGUGUUAGGAGAGUGGAGGCACUUCAAGGGAAGAGAAACUCCUAUCCACUCUGGUGCCCCUUCAGCUUUCUUGUAUUCAUUACACAAGAGUGUGUACAGAGAAAUGGGGCUAUACAUAGAAUGACUAGGGAAAUUUAUAUUGUGUAGUUUUAUUUUCCUGCGUAUCCAGUUCACGCUCGUUGCUGUUGCCAUGUGAAACAACCCCAGCCCCUCAGUUUGUUUUGUUGUUGUUGACAGCUAACAGAUUUCAUACUUGUGUGGCAGUGUUUCCUUCCAAACUACUCUUCUCUAUUGAGCUCUAUGUGUUUGGUCACUUCAGUAACCAGCAUGAUGCCGAGGAGCAUGGUCUACUGCUUCACCUCUUCUGAAUAGGAUGGCCAGUCUAAAUGAUUGGUGAACAUUUCUUCAGCUGGGUAAAAGGAAUUGUGCUCUGUCUGAUAAGAGUUGACUUAAUUUUCUAACUGGAAGUUCAGCUUCUUUAUGGGGUUUGGGUACUCAGUUCUGUCUGCCGGAGUAAGUUUCAUCGUGCAUCAGUACCUUGAAGUGACACUGCUCUGGAAACACAACUGUUCAGUGACUUCUUAUACACUGGAGAUAAAGACAGGAGAGUCAAUAUCCCCCCUGGGUAAAACACAGGAGGUGAAACUCUUUCUGUUAACUGUACAAUAGUUAAUCCAGGAAGGAGGCAAAGCCUUAAAUGAUUAUGUGGGUUUACACAGAAAUCUGAGGAUAACAUUUAUCCUUUACAUAUAUGAGCAAGGAUGAAUUUCUAACUAGAGCACAGCGUAUAGAUCUGUAUAAAUUUCAUUGUGCUCCCAGUGUGUAGGCAACUUUCUUACAGCACACUCUGCUUUCUUUUUCACAUGUUUUGAACAGGAAACUGGGCUUCUUUUGUUUCGGGUUUGUUUUUUCCAGGAAAAACACCACAUCUUCAGUUUGAUUCUCCAAUAAGCUUUGUGCUGUGCUGUUAUGAAGCUGUUAUUGGAAAUGAUUAUCAAAUUGAGUCUGCUGAAGAUUUUCAGUUUUUACAGAAGUGCACUUUAAGAAGAGGAAGACGAGGGAUUCUGGUUAGAAUUAAAUUCAGUACAUUGCUGUUAAGAUCCAUGCUGCCAUGGAGGUGAUGAUUACGAAAUCCACAGCUGCCAUAUAUGAACUGUUUUGAUUGAUGUGUUUAAAGAAUAUGCCCACCAAAACCUGAAUUUUUGGGCAUAGGCUAGAGAAUGUAUUGAUGGCUUAGCAGUGGUCAUGUUACAUCUGUCAGAGAUUUCUGUUUUCCUGGUGUACGGGGCCAUUGGCAAAGCCUGCUGCAUAGUUUUUACUAUGACAGAAGCAGUGUAUAGCUUGCACUGCAUGGUGUUACUGCCUCUUAAAAGCGGUAUUAAAAUAUUCGAUAUUUCUUCAAAAGAAUGGACAGACAACAGGCAAAUAUCCACAAUGAGAAGCUAGAGGUAUUAGCUUACUGUUUUAUAGUCAAAGCUAACUACAUAGCAGCAUUUAUAGUUGAGAAACAUCCCUUCUCUUUCAUGCAUCCUGGAAGUUGCAGUCUUCUUCCGGUCAUGCCAGCCCAUAAAUCGUUUAACAUGUUGAUGCAAAGUUAGAACCUUGAACUUAAAAAUUUGCCAGACUAAAAAAUGCAAAUAUUUAAUUCUUUUGAAGAAAAUGUUUUGUUUUGGCUUGGUUUCUCUUCUGCUCUGUGCUUUAUGGCAUUCAGAUUUGUGUCUGUAAAGCUCUCUGAAGCCCAGAUUUGAAACAGUUGGUGUGCAAUGUUUAUGGUUAAAUUUCUUUUGAUCCUAAUUAUUUCUUUGACGUAUAAAAUGAUUUGUAAACUGAGAGAGCCUAGUUCAUUCAAAAUUAAUACACAACAGAUCUACUUAGCAUUAGCUGUAUUUUUCCUUCCAAAUCCAAUUUCUACAAGUUUCUGAUGUAUAUUUUAUUCAGAUCUAAAACCAAAAUUGCUGUAAAAGAUACUUCCUGCUAUUUCUAAAGGCUUGUGAUAUUUUUCUUGAGAUAGACCACUGGCAAAAAAAUAUACCUGCUAACAAGAAUUCCACAUUGCAGUGAAUUUUUCUGUGCUCUUUGUAGGAGAAAAAUUAUGCAAAUGUUUAUCAGCCUCAUAAAACUAGAAUUCUGUUAUUUUAGGAGGUUAUCAGUUUAUGUUUGAGUAAGAGAAGUUACCUGGAAGAAACUGGAAAUAUAAUAUUUUAAAUACAAUGAUGAUAAAUGUAUUCAAUGAUGAUUUUAUUUUUAAAAUAUGUUUACAUUGUAGUAAUGUUUAAGUGGUUGUAUAUAGUGAUCUAAGGUGGUGUCCCUGUUUUAUGUUGUUUUCUUAGAAACCUGAGCAGACUGCUUGGCAUUACACACUGAGUUUUCAUUCUUGCUGCUUAGAACAGUGCCGAGUUGAUCUCUUCGUAAAUCAGAUUCUUAUUCUGCAGAAUAGCUAAUUUGACUUAAGUCCUUUAAGUAUUCAGGGGGUUUUUAUUGCUUUGUGGUAAUGUUAUUUUGUUAUUCUCUGACUAAAAACAACAAAAACCUAACUUUAAAAAAAGUGGUAGCUUAAAUUUAAAAUUAAACCAUAAAAUGCAUUUUGAUCAACACAUGAAAGCUAAGCAAAGCAAGCAAUGUCAAGAAUUUUGCUCUUCUUUCUGUGAUAGAAGAGAUUUAUGUGGUUCCUUUUAUUAAGUAUGGUAGCUCAUUGUUGGAAUGUGCAGAAAUGUCACUGGAUAACAGAUGAAGGUAGCAUGGUUUGAAACUUCUGUUACUGUUCUACAGGACCUUUGAAGUUUUGUUGCAUUUUUUCCCCUUGUAUUGUGUAAUGACAUACAUGAAACAGAAGAUACGGAUAUCCCAUCAUUCUUAAACUUUCUGUAAACCAAUGCUAAGUCAGACUAAUGUGGGGUUUUGAUGUAAUAAGAAGAAACAGAUAUUCCAUGCUAAAUAACUGGAAAGCCUUUUCUCUUUUGGCUUACCUGCAAAUGUAACUGUUGCCUAUUUUUGCGUAUUUAUUUGUGGAGCUAAAGCAGUUUUGAGGAUGCUGACUUGCCUGGCCAUCUUUGAACUGCUGUGCAGGCAGUGUGGUGGUUCCACGCCUCUAGCCAUCUGUGUCUGUGUCAUCUUUACACCUAGGUGAAAAUUAGGGGAAGUUGGCAAGAAUUAAGUCUCAUGUUGAUUUCUUAGCUGUGUGUUUACAGAGAGAAAAUACUGUCAAGGCAAAAAUCAAACCUGAUCUUGCUCUUCUUAGGUGUGGCCUCAUCCCUUGCACUAUCAUCAAACAAAGUGAUAAAGGGGCUGGACCCUUUCAAUAGCAUUUCCCUCAUCUUGUGCUUCCCCUCACUUGAAAACCUCAGGAAACCUAUGUUAUGGUCCAAAAUACUGGAAAACCAGGCACUUGAAAAAAGCAGCACAGAUUUAAUUAAGUUGUACGCCUUCAACAGAGAGUUACAGACUCUGUGUCUCAGCAGAGUGCACAGAGCAGUUAGCUGGUUUUGGUUUAGUUUUGUUAAAUUGGUGAUUGAAAAUAAUGAAAUCAGUCUUUCUAGAAAUGUUAAAGAGAUUUGUGGCUUGAUUCUCUCUUUAAAUAAACACGUAUGGUUUUGUGUGUGUACAUGCAUAUCUACAUACGUGGAUACCCAAUUCACCUUGCACUAGUAGCAGUUGGCAUGUCAGUAGCUGUGCGAGCUCCGACGAGCGGAGCACUGCCCCUCGGUCUCACCAGCGUGCUCACCCUCUCUGUGCCAGUAGCUUUGCUCACUCUUGCCUUGUGGGGUUUUAAGUAUUUUGCGGAUCAGAAGAUUUUUUAAAGCUUUGUUAGGACUGGAUAUAGAAUGGUCCUCUGCAGGCCCUUCUGCAUGUCAUCCUCAGGCUGUUUUUUGGGGGUGGGAGAUUGGUGGGAUUGAUUCAUUGGAGUGUCGGUAUUCUAGGAAGGAAACCCUUUUUUAUAUUUUUAACCCUAACUUUGUUUUUUAUUAGAGCACUUUCAACAGCUUGUUUUUGAGCAGGAUUAUGAGUGACAUCUGAGGUGACUUACCCUCUCACCAUAGUGGAGUGUGGGUCACCUGCAGAUUGCACAGUCCCUUUUGUUAACCCCCAUAGGGAUUUUACUGUACUUUUUCCGCCUGUAAAACUGAUUUUCCAAAGCUGUGACACCUUAGGAAUGACACUGAGCCCCCCAGUCCUUCGCUAUAAAAUGAGCUUUCUGUUACUUACUGGCAGUACUGAUACUUUUGCUGUUGGCAUUAAGUAAUGGUUUCAGAAAUGCGUGUCAUGCUGGAAGGCUUGGCGGUGGUGCUCGGAGCUGCCCGUUUCUUUGGGAAGUUCGGGCUGUGUUAAGAACAAGCCGUAGGGUUUGUGAAACGUGCUCUGCUGAGUUAGGCAGGUUUCUUCUUCCAGAGUGAGGAGAGGUGAGGCAGGCUUGCAGCUUGUGGGAUCGGGUCCAACCCACGUAACCCAGGAGCCUGAGCUUCCUGACGGGUUUCUGGUGGGAGCUUUGUCACUGACACCAGUGGAAAUGGGUUCAGGCCCCAGUGCAGAAGCAUCUAAAGGAAAGGGGGAUCCCAGAGUACCAGAUACGAGGAGUAGCCAACCCAUUUGGAAGUGGGGAGUGCACAGUCAGCCUCUUCUGACUCUAUACUUUUCCAUACACAUUUACUGUCUGAACAACUGCUUUUGUAUUUUCCAGUCAUGUUGCAAUGGUAACUCACUGGUCACUGACAUGUGUUAGAUAUAUUGCUAGAAGACCAGGCAGCUAAAAGACUAAAAUGCACUGUGCUCACUGUAAAAAUUGGCUUCUUACAUUGUUUCUUUUUAUAUGGUUGAAGAGGUGGUUGCGCUUCAGAUUUUUUCCUUUUGCUUUUCUUUUUCUAAAGAGGUCAAAUGUAUAUGAAGUGCAUGUUAUCCUGAACUUUUUGUUUGUACAUCUUGGUGUCUGAUCAUCUGCAUGAAGGACACAGUGGUGCCAUGUCUGAGCUUGUUCUCUUGUGCUUGGUUGAUAGAAACUUCUCUAGAUUGUUGAGUUUUCCUCAAAAUAACUUUGGUUAAUAUUUAGUUAUUGGGAGACAUCAAAACAAAACAUCAUGGUGGCCCCUUGUUUUCUUACAGUUUAAAUAUAAACAACAAAGCCUUGUGGUUUAAAGUUAAUUUGUUAGUGUAAAUAAAUUUCUUGCCAAUGAGUAUUAUUGUUGUUAGACAACGAAUGCAAUAAAACGAGAAAUCCUGAAUCUUUA